AUGACCUCCAUCGCCCUGCGACCAAGCAGGCGAUGUAGAUUAACUAACUCGCGCGCCCUCCUCCUCCUCUCGUCCGCCCCGAUAUUACAACAUCCCUCGAAUCCCAGAUGGCAACUGCGCCGCGCGAGCACUUUGAACAAUCCAGCAUGGCGUCCCGUCUCCAUCCUUGACGAAUGGGUCGCCAAAGAGGCUCGCCCCAUCAGCCUCCGCCAGCUCAUGGUCUUCGGCCGCUCCCUCACAGAAUCGCGCCUCAUCAGCUCGGCGAAUUAUGUCCGCUCCGAGCUUCCCACAAGACUCGCCCACCGCAUUCGGGACAUGCAGCGCCUACCCUACGUCGUCGUCACGAACCCGCACAUCAACGAAGUCUACAACUUGUACUACAAUGCUUUUGAUACAUUUCGCAAGAUCAAGGAGGUCAAAACACUCGAGGACAAUGAUAAGAUGUGCAGCAUCAUCGGUCAGAACCUUAAAAGCCACUUGACCGUCAUCCCUAAAUUGGCCAUGGGUAUUCUCGAGUGCGGCGGAUUGAUGAACCCCAAUGAUUUGGACAAAUUCAUGAAUACAAUCUUGAGAUCCCGCAUCUCUCGGCGAGUCAUUGCCGAGCAGCACCUCUCUCUCUCCGAGACCUUCAACUCCCCCCAUUUCUCCCCCGGCACCAAACUCUCCGAAGCCGACUACAUCGGCGAAGUCUUCAUCAAAUGCAACGCCAAGGACGUCGUCGAGCGCUGUUCCAAGGCCGUUAUUGCCCUCGCCCGCUCCACCAAUGGUCCCAACGUCGAGAUCCCAGAGAUCAAGGUUGACGGACACCUCGACGCCAGCUUCCCCUACAUCCUCAGCCAUCUCGAGUACAUUGUCGGUGAACUUCUACGCAACUCGGUCCAGGCCGUCAUCGAGCGUCACCAGAAGCAUCCAGACCCAACGACCGCCGGUGUCCCGCCUCCGAUCGAAAUCACCAUAUGUGAGGCCUCGCAACACGUCAUCAUCCGCAUCUGCGAUCGCGGCGGCGGCAUCCCUCGUGCUGAGCUCCCCUACCUCUGGUCAUUUAGCAAGGGCCCCCAGAGUCAGAAGCGUCUCGAGAACCUCUCACACGUACCCCGAAUGGCCGCCACCAUGCAGGAGCUCCAUGUCGAGGAUGAGCUCGCCCGUGCCGACCUAAAGACACCCAACUACGAGAGCUCCCUCUCCUCUCUCACUAGCCGUCCGCCAAACUUGCGCCUUGGUAUGGGCCUGCCCCUAAGCCGCGUAUACGCCGAGUACUGGGCGGGCAGUCUUGAGCUACAUAGCCUUGAGGGUUAUGGAGUCGAUGCUUUCUUGCAGAUUUCAAAGUUGGGGAACAAGAAUGAACAGCUUGCUACUCGGGCUAGCAUGGACGCCGUUUAG